AUGGACAUAUUGGAGGCAUUAAGGCCAGUGCAUCGGGUCUAUCAGGUAUGCAAUUUGUGGCACUGGCAUCUAAAUUCCCAUGACGGUCAAUUGCAACACUUUCGCUGGCUGGAGAUUUACAGUUGGACGGUUCUUGUGGCGGCCACUAGUUUCGCCGCCUACGGGCUCUUUGAUAACACCCAGCUGACCAAGGUUAUGGAAGUGGGCACUGCAGCCAGUAUAUCGAAUAUCGGGCACACUGUUGACUAUAUACAGCUGGUGGGCAUACGUGUGGCCCACGCCGGAGCACUACUAGAGACACUGUGGCAACGACAGGCCCAACAAAAUUUCUACACAGAACUGCAUGAAAUUGACCAUCAGUUCAGCAAAGCUCUUAACAUCAAUGUUGUUAAUAAUCAGUUCAGGCGUUGCUCAAUUCGUCGAGCCAUGUGGAUGUUGGCUGGCUAUAUGCUAAGUCAAAGUUUCAUUUUGGUUACCAAAAUGUUGGGAUCGGACCAUCAAUUUCCCAUAUAUUGGCUGUAUUAUCUAUUGCCCCUGCUUAUAUGCGGCAUGAGAUAUUAUCAAAUAUUUACAGCAGUUUUGAUUAUACGCGAACGACUUGAACUUUUGCUGCAAGUCCUUCAGACAUUACGUUUGAGUGGCUCGAGCGAUCCUUUCGGAGUGGAUUCAGAUAUUGGCAAACAGUGUAUUGCGACCGAGAUGAAUAUGCGAGCGGUGUCAGCUUCGUCUCUCAAUCAAUUGGUGGCUGUUCGACAACUCUAUCAGCGCUUAUGGACAUUGGCAACAUAUUUGAAUCGCUCCCAUGGUCUAUCCAUGCUGCUGCAAGUGGGCAAUGACUUCUUGGCUAUUACCUCGAACUGUUAUUGGAUAUUUCUAAAUUUUCGCCAAUUCGUUGCCUCGCCGUACGAUUUCCUACAGAUUGUGGCAAGCAUUGUAUGGUCGGCUCCCCAUUUGGGCAACGUUUUGAUAUUGGCAUUGAUCUGCGAAAGAACCACACAUUGUGCAACACGUUUAGCCCUAAGUCUUCAUCAGAUUAACGUUGACUUGCACAAUGAAAGUCACAAUGCAUUGAUCACACAAUUCUCGCUACAAUUGCUACAUCAGAGAUUGCGUUUUAGUGCCGCUGGCUUCUUUAAUGUCGACUGCACAUUACUCUACACGAUUGUGGGAGCCACAACCACAUAUUUAAUCAUAUUGAUACAAUUUCAUAUGAGCGAAACUAAUUUAGAGAACGAGCGAUCAUUGAAUGGUGAUUAAUUUGUGAAUAUUUC